AUGGAUCCAGCCCAAUUGCCAGACAUCGACUUUGUCCCGUCCAGCGAAGACGAGUUUGAGGAACGUGUUGCGCACGUCACCGAUGCCAUCAUUCGCGAAGGCAUGAGCGUUCAAGAGUUUGUCUCGGCCGUCAGACCUUCAACCAACACCGCCUUUUCAUUCCGACCACAACCCGGGCAAAACAUCCUUAUCUCCAGAUGUAACAACAUCAUCCGCUUCAUUCAGAGUCAGCAUAUGACUGUCUAUGAUUUUAUGGUCUGUCUUCUGGAGUCCCGUGAACUGUGGCCACACCAGCGUUCCUUGCGUGGAACUGGGACGUACUCUUGCAGUAUCAUUCGCCGGAUUUUCCUGGGCCUGCGUAACCUUGUGCACCGCGCUGGGAACGAGAACCAUGUAUGGCGUGAACUGAUUCAAGCUGAGAAAGAUAUCCAAGACCCACACACUAACAUUUUAUUUUGGUGGGCAGCGCGCGCUCGGCGUCGACCAGUAAUGCAUUUGCCUGAUGGGGCAACUCAGGGAAACUAUUGUUUGGUCUUAAGGAUUUAA